AUGUCCUUGGCCAGGGUACAUGACUACUUUGGGGUGCCUUUUUCAGAGGGGUUACCACUAGCCUUUCCUGUUGACACUGCAUACUUUGAAGGCACACUCCACGAAGCCUAUGCCAGCAGACUGCCUUACCUACCUGUACACAGCCAUUUGGGGAUCAAUGAUUAUUCUUUCGAACCAGCCUUUAUCAGGAAACGCAAUGAAAGGGAAAGGCAAAGGGUACGCUACGUCAACGAAGGGUAUGCACGCCUCAGAGAGCACCUCCCUGAGGAUUUUGCAGACAAAAGACUGAGCAAAGUAGAGACCUUAAGAGCUGCUAUCAGCUAUAUCAAGCACCUUCAAGAGUUACUAAAUCCAUCAAAGGUUAAGGAGAAAGCCUUGCCUUCAAGGGCUGCAGAGUUCCAUAAGCUUCCAUGCCCUAUGCCAAGGAGAGAAGGCAAUAGUGAUGGAGAGUCCAAAUCUCCUUCACCCUUCAGUGAAUUUGGUGAGCUAAGCAACUAA